AUGCGCCUCUCCAGAUCAGUCGUCGUCGUCGUCCCCGCUUUCGCGGCGGGCGUCUGCGCCGGGCCCUGCAGGCCCGCCGACCCCGUCUACUCGAUCCUGCGGACGCCGCUGCAGUCCCUGGCCACGCCGUUUUGCUCCGGGUUCCUGGGGUACCCCGUCACGGCGACCGGCACCGCCGUCGGGGACGCCGCGACGGUGACGCAGACGGCCUACCAGGAGCCGGAUACGGUGACGGCGCAGGCUACCGAGACCGUCGUCGCCACCUCGACCGAGUUGCUCGUCGUCACCACGACUCCCGACCCAGUGACCCGAACAAACACCGUCGUCAACACGGUCACCAUAUGGGCCAGACAGGAAGCCCUGCCGCCGCUGCUGGCCUCGUACCCGGCCAGCAAGAUCAGCUCGGCCUGCUCUCGCAUCGUCACGCCCUCCACCACGACCGUCACGGCAACGCUGCCCAACACCAACACCGCCACGGUUACCGCCACCGCCCCGGCCACCUACUCCGUCACCGUGACCCAGGUCGUCACCGUCUCCGACACCGUCGCCUCGGAACUUACGGCUGAACCCGCCACCGCCACCGUCACCGUCACCGCCACAGACACCGCCACAAGGCCCAAGGUGUGCGGUGCCAAUGGUCUCCCAGGCCCCAAUGCCUUCAAUUACGGCGCCAACUUCAACACCAACCAGGCCAACUGCAUUGCAACGUGCAAAACGGACCCAAGAUGCUUAAGCACGGGUUUCUAUCAGGUCACCAGCCCUGGAGGCACCAUAACAGGUACCUGCCGUUACUACGACAAGUCCGUCAGCAAUUCCGCCUCUCUCGGCGUUGGAUAUUACAAAUUCAACGACAAGGCCUGCUGA